AUGGCUCGAGAGAGGGACGCUGCAGUGACUAAGCUGUCGGAAGUUGAAGCUACAAAGGAAGCUGCAAUAAAGUCGAGGCAGCAGUAUCGAGACUCCAGCGUAACCCAUCUUCGCGAAAUCAUAAGGUUGGAAGGGCUGCUAAAGUCUAAGGACGAGGCCACUGCCACUCUUGAAGGCAAAUUGUACUACUUAUCACAUGCGAAUGCAGUGAACGUGAUCCGUUACGGUGCAAAAGCAGACGGCAAGACAGACUCAACGAAGGCAUUCCUCAAGGCAUGGACAGCCGCGUGCGGAUUAGCCAGGGCGUCCACCAUGUACGUUCCCAAGGGGAGGUUCUUGCUCAAUGCUAUAGUGUUCAGAGGGCCUUGCAGAAACAGAGUCACUGUUCAGAUAGAUGGCACCCUUGUGGCUCCCUCAAACUACUGGGGUCUGGGGAAUUCAGGCUACUGGAUCUUGUUCAUCAAAGUCAACCGACUUUCGGUGUCGGGGGGCACCAUAGAUGCCAAGGGCGCUGCCUUUUGGGCUUGCAGGAGAUCUGGCAAGAGAUGUCCUGUGGGAGCAAGGUCAAUCACGUUCAAUUGGGUGAACGACGCGGUGAUCAGCGGCCUAACAUCGAUCAACAGUCAGCAAACUCAUUUCGUAAUAAACAGCUGCAAUAACGUGGUGGUCCGAAAUCUUAGGCUGAUAGCGCCUGAUCAAAGCCCCAACACCGACGGCAUCCAUGUGCAGGGCUCCACUGGUGUCACCAUCGCCGGUGCAACCUUACGCACCGGAGAUGAUUGCAUCUCCAUUGGCCCUGCCACCAAAAAUUUGCAUAUGACCAACAUCAACUGCGGCCCUGGCCACGGAGUCAGCAUUGGGAGUCUAGGGAAGGACCAGAUGGAAGGAGGGGUUGAAAAUGUGACGCUGACAAACGCUGUAUUCACAGGAUCAGACAACGGGGUGAGAAUCAAGUCGUGGGCAAGACCCAGCAAUGGUUUUGUGAGGAAUAUUGUGUUCCAGAAUCUGAUCAUGAACAAAGUUAAGAACCCAAUCAUCAUAGAUCAGAACUACUGCCCCAGUAACAAGGGGUGUCCAAGGCAGAGUUCGGGAGUGAAGAUCAGCGAAGUGAGCUACAGAAACAUAAGAGGAACGUCUGCGACAAAAGAGGUGGUGAGAUUCGAUUGCAGCGCCAGCAACCCAUGCAGAGGAAUCAGAUUGCACAACAUCAACCUCACUUUUCUCCUUAAUAAUAACGUCCCUGCCACUGCCAUUUCCUCCUGCAAAAACAUCGCCGGAACUACCACGGGAGUCCUCAUUCCCCGCGCAUGCAUCCCAAGAUGA